AUUUGGGCGUGAGAGGGAGCAAACUGGAGGAACAGCACACACCAGAUCAGGAUCAAUUCAGAAGGAAGAGGAGCAUGUCAGCGAUACAGAGAGCGAUCCGGAGGUUCCACGCUACCGUGAAUGCUCCAAGGCUCACCAGAUUGUCUCUCCAUGCGCCUGGAUGUGUAGAGGUAGAGUUUGGAAAUGGUAGUGUGUUCAAUUUGUCAGCUGAAUUCUUAAGAAUACACAGUCCAGCUGUUGAUGCCAAGGUUAGGUCAAUUGCUGGUGAAAAGGUGAUAUCUGGACGGCGUCACGUUGGGAUUAUGUCUGCAGAACCUGUAGGAAACUAUGGGGUAAGGAUUGUCUUCGAUGACUUGCAUAACACCGGCAUCUAUUCGUGGGAUUACUUAUAUCAUCUGGGCAGCAACAAAUUCAGCCUCAUGAGAAAUUACAUCAAAACACUCAACAAGUAUGGACUCAGGCGGGAUCCGCCUAGAAGAAAAUGAGUGAUUCAGGCAUUGCUCCAUUUCACUUGACCGUCCGCUAAUCAACCUUUGCAGUCUUCAUCUUCAUUUCUUAGACCAAAAGCUUAGGGAGCCAAAUUCAACAUCUUUGCCAUUUGUUGUUUGUUUGCACCAUAAGCUAUCUUAUCUUGCGACUGUAACGUACAUUUAAACCAGUUGGUCGGCUAUACAUCCAAUCCUUGUGCUGAUUGAA